GUGGGCUGUGUCACUUUAAAAACCCAAGAGGACUUCACUUUGUUUGGGUUUAGCCACCUGUUGGGACAGUUGUGGACUUUUUGAAAAGGGGAGAUUUGGAUUACAGCAAGAACCUGUGUGUACUAAGCUUUGUUCUGACCUUUCUGGUUCUUGGACGUGUGGACUUGACGAGACAAUGUCCACAAUGUCCAGUGAAGGUGAUGCUGGAGGUCAGCCUUCCACAACAACAAUCAGCACCGUAGCUGUACAGGCUGGAGAUUCGCAGAUUGUUGUAGCAGUGCUGAAGUGUGGCGAGCUGGUGCAUCUACAACUGACUGAAGCACAACCCAACCUGCUGGAGAUUGGAAACAACCAGGAUGAGACCAAAAAGCUUCUAGAGGAACAUGAGCAGCUCCUUGCCAAACUUAAGAAAAAUGAAGGAGGUGUGUGGGCUUUGCUGGAGGAGGCUGAUAAAACAGCAGCUCAGAAGGAAGGAGAGGAGCUGGUUUAUAAGGCCAUGGCAGUCUCUCUCAGCGAGGCUUGGAAAACACUGGUGGCCCACUUGGAGAAGAGGAGAUCACUUCUGAUCUUGGCAUGCCAUUUCUUUGAUUGUGCUCUGGAGUUUGCCAUUAGGAUAGAUGAAGCUGAAGACUUUCGGAGUGUUGGCCAGAAAUCAAUCACUGCAGACAACACGGAUGAACUGCUUCAAAGACACAGCACUAUUAGAAGAGGGAUGUUGGAGAAGUCAAAGCUGGUGUUGAAUAAGAGUCGUGAGUUGCUGGAAUUUUUGAAGGACUUCCAGUCCCUGCAAGCCCUGCAGUAUGGCAGAGCUUCUCACAGGGCCUGGAGCAGCUUUGGAAAGGUGGAAGGUUUAAUGGAGAUUCUGCAGGACAGACGCCGGCAAGUGGACCUUUGCAUGAGACAACAAAAGCAUGAGCUGGAAAUGAUCUACCGGAUACGACAAUGGGAGAGACAGGAACAGGAGGUAACACAGUGGUUUAAGGAAAAGGCUACUUUGUUUCUGGAAAUCAGUCAGCUGGGUUCAUCUCUGUCAGAAAAUGAGGACUUGUUACGUGAAUACAAAGAGUUUGAACAGAAAGCCAAGGAGUGGGGUGUGCUGGUCGAGAGGUUGUUACAGCAGGCGUCAGAUCUGCUUUCCUCAAAUGAGUCCACAAAACUUCAGCACUUGUCAGAGAAGAGUGAAAAACUCAAAGCUGCACACGAGCAGUUCUGGAGCCUCAUGAUGAAUCGUCUGGCUCAUCUGAAGGAGAGCAAUGCCUUUUACAGCAGUGCUAAUAAAGCAUUUGAGGUGCUGGGCACCGUAGAGAUUGCUAUAAAGGAACUGAAGAAUCAACCUCUGCCAUUACCUGCACUGGCUAGGAAACAUGAAGAGUUUUCACGGAGUAUAAAAGACACAUCCGCUGAGGCUCUUCAGAGAGGUCAGCUGUUAAUUCAAAAGCUCGACCCACAAAGUGCCCAAGGUGGAGGGCUGCAAAGGAUGCUGGGAUACAUCAAAGAGAGAAUGGCGGUUCUGAGCCAUGAGUGUCACGCCCACAGAGAGUUAACAGGCAAAAGGCAGCAGCUGGUGUCUACAUUUGAAGAACUAGUGGAAAAGGUCUCUGCUUGGAUUAAGAGCAGCAACAGUGUCCUCUCUUCUAGUACAGAGCCUGGUUCAUCUCUAACUAAGGCUGAGGACACCCUUAACAAGCAUGUUGAGCUACUCUCACAGUCUCAGGAUGCUAUGAGAGAAUCAGAGGCUAUAGCUGGUUUUAUAAAGGAACUAAAGGGGCUGGAAUCCUCAGAUACAGUCGAGUUGUCUAACAAAGCUUCACUUCUGGCAGAGGAGAUGAAAACACUGGUUAGAAACAUUUCAUCACAUGUGGAAAGCCUCAGACCCUAUGUGGACUUUCUGCGCUGUGCAGAUGAGGUUGAGGAGCAAAUAAGGACACUUCAGGAAUGCUACAAGAACAGGCCAGAAGAAGAGGAGGAAAAUGAAGGAGCAGGUGCAUCCAUGAAGGAUAUGUUAGAUGCUAAGUGGCAGUCAUUGCUGCAGAAGUUUUUCACCAUGCAGGACCUGGGCAACAAUUUUAUUAACUCCUCUAACAUGAUCAGUGGCAACCUGAAUCUAAACGUUAAAGCAGCAGAGCAUGUUGUAGAAAAAUAUAUGGAGACACUGACCAAGAAGAAAUCUGAAUUAGCAGACUUGUGGACAUCCUGGCAAUUGCAUUAUAGUCACAUAAAAUCUGUAAAGAAGCAAUGGAAAAAAAUGAAGGAUCAACUAAAAAAGGCUCUUCACGAUUUAAGGGCAAUGGAGGAGAUUUUUGCUCCAGCAUCAAAGGUUGAUUUGGGGGGUGAUUCUCAGGCUGUGUCUAAACUACAGGAGAACUUCAACACUGUAAAGCCAGAAUUCCUGCAACUGAAUGCAGAAGUGGAAUUCCUGGUUAAGACAUCCGAGCUGCUCAGCUUGAAGGGAAUACCGGUAAAAGAGAAGAACGAGAGAGUUUCUGAGCUCCUGCAGCUACAUCAGCGUGUCAGAGAUAAAAUCAGGGAGUAUGAAACCGUUCUCAGUAUGGCCGGUAAAUUUCAUCAGCUUUAUCAAGAGCUGGAUACUGUAUUACAUGCAGAACCAGUGACUGUGUUCAGUGACACCAGCCAGGCCAGGACUCAGUUGACCCAACACCAAGAGAGGCAGAGGCACAUUCGCCAUCUGUACAAGCUCGCUCUCUCGCUGGGUGCAGAUCUCACCAGCACUGUGCAGCAGUCGCGUCUGCUGGUGUUGUCAGUGCAGCAGUUACAGGAGAAACUGGAAAAAUUGGAGAGAGGAAGCGUUGAAUGGAUUACUGAGGCCAUCAAGUGUGAAGAGAGUUUGAUGAGCAACGUCCACUUCUGCCUCUAUAAGGAAGAGAUCGGUGAGCUGAGAGAGUCCUUUAAAGAUCUCAAAAAGAAAUUCAACAAUUUGAAAUUCAACUACAUGAAGAAAAAUGAGAAGUCGAGAAACUUAAAGGCAGUGAAAAAUCAGAUCCAGCAAAUUGAGAUUUACAUUGAAAAACUACAGGUAAGGAGGCUUUCAUUUAUUCUUCUUGCAAGUGAGGAGUACAAACAGAACCUGGACAUGAAUGUCAAGCUCCAGCAAGCCUUAGAGGAGUAUCAGUUCUGGUGCGACGAAGCAAGCUCCACAAUUGUACGUGUGGGUAAAUAUUCCUCUCAGUGUAAGACUAAGGAAGCAGUCAGCUCUCUCUACAAACAGUUUGAAAAAUUUGUGUGGCCCACAAUCCCACAGCAAGAGGAGAGAAUUAGCCAGAUCACAGAGCUGGCAGUAAGGCUACAUGGUGCUGAAGAAGGAAAGAAAUAUAUGGAGAAAACAAUCAACAAACACCAUGAAAUUGUGGAAUCAAUAAAAGAACUGUCAAAUGGACUGCUGGACCUUGAGGCCAAACUUCAGUUGGAGACCUUGAAACAGCCUCUAACACCUGAAGACAACAACAAACGGGACACCAUUGAUACGCCUGAACCAAAGGAAAGUGGACAUACCCCUGAGAUGACAGGCCCACACUGUACUAAAGAGAGGCCUGUCGGCAAGAAUCCAGAAAACAAGAAACCUCAGCUUCGCAAGACACAAUGCCAAGAUCUCCCAGACAAACAUCAUCCAGAGCAUCAAAAAGUGCUGUCAGAGACCAGGUUGUACACACAGGAGGCCUUUUCUAAGACCAGCGAAGCGGAGACCAUCACGAGCAAAUCUACUAUAGAGAGGAGAGAAGAGAUGCACACCUCUUUCUCUCACUCCCACACCAUUAAUGUAAGCCAUUCCCCAGCAGAGCGGGAUAAGAGGAGUCACAUUCUGCAGCAAACCAAGAGAGACUCACAAGAAACCCCACCUCCGCGGGAUCCAGGCGUAUCACGCCCCAGCAUCAUAGACAUCCAAAGGGAGCUGCAGUGUGCUGUUCAAAAGACCAACUCUGAGGACAAGAAUCAGGCCUGUAGUAGAAAUCAUCCUUUUCACUCAUAUUCCAAGACUUCUGCUCAUCAUUCUUUAGAGGAGGAAUAUUUGCCACAUGCGACACCAGAGCCAGCAGCUCCUGUACCUGAAGAUGACUUCCAGCCUGACCAUCUCACUGAGGAAUCGCUCUCCAAUGAUGAGUACGAAUGCACCUCCCCAGAUGACAUCUCCCUACCUCCUUUAUCCGAGACUCCAGAAUCCAACAUUAUUCAGUCAGAAAAUGACCUUGAUGACGGCUAUUGUGUGAGCUCUCACAGCCUUCGCAUUAACCAGUACAGCCACCAGUCUCACUCCCAGCACGGCGACACACUACACCAGAGGCAGCGGGAGUGGAUGUCGAGUCAGGCCGAGAGCUACCCAUCUCCCACCACUGGCUUGGAGGCCAGGUUCAGAGCAGAGUCGUCCUCUUUUGUUCAAAGUCCCCUCACAGUACCUGCCCCUAGCCUUGUAUCAAACACCAUAUCCAGCAUCUUAAAAAGCAAAUCUGGCAACCCACCACCAAGCAGCAUCACUGAAACACUUCACUCAGUGCAUGAGAGUCGUACCGAGAUGCAAAAGUGUGUGCAUGAUUCUAGUACGUGUCUAGGUCGGCCCAAUAACACGCAUGCUACCCCUACUCCAUUAACCACAGAGCAGGACUCGGAUCUCUGCAAGCCCACAGCCAUCCGAGAGGAGAUCAGACGGGCAUCUUCCAAAAAGGUUAUGGGAAUAUCGGCAGGCGGCACAGGCCCUAACUUCUCCAAACCCUUGUCUAAUGCCACAGUAAUGGAGGGCUCUCCGGUGACCCUGGAGGUGGAAGUCACUGGAUUCCCUGAGCCUACAUUAACCUGGUUCAAGAAUGGACACAAACUGGCCAAUGAUGAGCACAUAGAACUAUCCCAUAAAGAAGGCAAACAUGCAUUGUUCAUUCACAGCUCUGCAGUGAGAGACUCUGGGCAGUAUGUGGUCACUGCCUCAAACUCAGCUGGCACUGUCACGUCCAGCUCCAUGCUGCAGGUCAAAGUGCACAGGGUCACUCCACGCUUCCUCUCCAGACCGGAUGAACAAAAUGUAUUAGUGGAAGAAGACCUCAGCUCACACUGCACUUAUUCUCAAAUGCUAUGCAAGAAAGAUUAUAAUGUUGCAGCAUGUGAUGAGAGCCAAGUGAGUCAAACAGCAUACAAAGUCUGAAACCACUAGCAUUCUGCAAUUGUUUCAUUGUCACCAUACUUUUGAGAGGGACAUAAUGGAAGGAAGAAAAUGUGUCCACUGGUACAAUAGACACAUUAAAAUAAAUAAAUACAUUUUUUUUUAACAGAAGCCAAAACCAUCAUAAAGGCCACUGAUUAUGGAACAUACUGUAUAAGAAGGAUCUGGAAAACCCAUUAU